AAGUGUUUUCCAAGAUACCUAUCUUAAUGGGAUAUUAGAAUGUCUAUCGAAGACAAACCAUUUCGAGGAGUGCUACAUGUUCAUGCAAGGUUGGUGGUCGAUUAAAAACAGUAGCAUAAAUCCCGACAAUUAUGAGGUUGUAGAGCUCUUCCGCCUGAUCAAAACUCACAUAAUUGGAACAGAUUGCAGCAUGCGAAUCAAUAUAAGUUAUCAGCUUCGGGAAGCCGUACUAAUGGAAUACCGGGAUGUCACAGAAAAUGGAAAAGCCACGACACAGCUAUACACGUUGCUAGGUGACGUGGCCGAUGAGCUCAAGAUGACAUUGAGGGAACACAUCGUUGUUGUAUUCAACCAGGAACGUGUUGUUGUACACUGCCAGCGGGUAACUGCUUUGUUACGUGUAGGAUUGGUAAUCGGUAGAGAUGUUUGAUUAUAUUUAAUCAUUAAAAUACGAACAACUAUCAAG